AUGCGAUCGCCACUGGCCAAGACAGACUUGUGGCCAUGCGUUGCCUUGCUACUGGCAUGGGUGGGCAGUGUUGCAGCAAGCUGUAGUAUCCCAUCAACCUACAGUUGGACAUCAACUGGCCCAUUAGCACAGCCCAAGUCAGGCUGGGCCUCGAUCAAAGACCUCACCAACGUGGUUUACAAUGGCCAACAUCUCGUGUAUGCCUCGGUCGCCGAUACAUCAGGCGCUUAUCACUCAAUGAAUUUUGGGCUCUUCAGCGACUGGUCUGAAAUGCAAUGGGCAAGUCAGAAUCAAAUGAUUGAUUCCGCCGUCGCGCCGACCUUGUUCUACUUCGCGCCCAAGUCCACCUGGGUCCUCGCCUACCAAUGGGGUUCAACCACCUUCUCCUACCGAACCUCGAGUGAUCCCUCGAAUCCGAAUGGAUGGUCUUCGGAGAAUCCGCUUUUCACUGGUAGUGUAUUCAACGGCACGGCCCUCGACCAGACCGUCAUCGGUGACUCUGAGAAUAUGUACCUCUUCUUCGCGGACGACAACGGCAAGAUCUACCGCGCCAGCAUGCCUAUCGGCAACUUCCCCGGGUCCUUUGGCAGCGCGUACGAGGUCGUCUUGAGCGAUUCCCCCAACAACCUAUUUGAGGCCGUGCAGGUCUAUACCGUCUCGGGGCAGAACAAGUAUCUCAUGAUUGUGGAGGCGAUGGGCGUCAAUGGGCGUUACUUCCGCUCCUUCACGGCCGACAGCCUCGGAGGCUCGUGGACUGUGCAGGCCGGUACCGAGAACCAGCCUUUUGCUGGAAAGGCUAACAGUGGUGCUACCUGGACGAAUGAUAUUAGUCACGGCGAUUUGGUUCGCAGCAACCCGGAUCAAACUAUGUCUAUUGACCCGUGCAAUCUGCAGUUCCUUUACCAGGGGCGAGACCCCAAUAUCAACCCCACCUACAACCUUCUACCUUAUCGCCCGGGAGUAUUGACGCUGAACCAUUGA